CGGUGGGACUGAGGGUUCAUAUGCGCGGACAUGGUGGGGAGAGCUGGUACCCCGGGAGUCCCACGAGGAGACGGCACCCCUGGCCAGUCUCCGUACCAAAGGUUAAGUCAGUGGAUGCUGGACAUUUCUGGGGACCGGGGCGUGCUGAAGGAUGUUGUCCGAGAGGGCGCUGGCGAGCUGGUGACACCGGAUGCUUCAGUGCUAGUGAAAUAUUCUGGAUACCUGGAGCACAUGGACAAGCCUUUUGAUUCUAAUUGCUUUAGGAAAGUUCCCCGGCUAAUGAAACUUGGAGAGGAUAUUACACUUUGGGGCAUGGAGCUGGGCCUUCUGAGCAUGCGGAGGGGAGAGCUGGCCAGGUUUCUGUUCAAACCGGCCUAUGCCUAUGGAAAACUGGGCUGCCCGCCCUUGAUCCCCCCAAACACCACUGUUCUGUUCGAGAUUGAGCUUCUUGACUUCCUGGAUUCUGCUGAGUCGGACAAGUUCUGUGCCCUCUCAGCCGUGCAACAAGAUCAAUUCCCACUUGAGAAGGUCCUAAAAGUGGCAGCUACUGAACGGGAGUUUGGCAACUACCUUUUCCGCCAAAAUCGCUUCUAUGAUGCCAAAGUGCGAUAUAAACGGGCCUUGCUGCUGCUUCGCCGGAGAUCAGCAGCAGCUCGUGAAGAGCAGCAGCUGGUGGAGGCCGCCAAACUUCUUGUUCUCCUUAACCUGUCCUUUACAUACCUGAAGCUGGAACGACCCACUACAGCCCUGCGCUAUGGAGAGCAGGCGCUGAUCAUUGACCCAAAGAAUGCCAAGGCCCUCUUCCGAUGUGGACAGGCCUGUCUCCUCAUGACUGAGUAUCAGAAAGCCCGGGAUUUCCUAGUCAGAGCCCAGAAGGAACAGCCCAUCAAUCAUGACAUCAAUAAUGAGCUGAAGAAACUGGCCAGCUAUUACAGGGACUACACGGAUAAAGAGAAAGAAAUGUGCCACCGAAUGUUCGCUCCUUGUGAUCCUGGCUUUACAAGAGGAGAACAUUAAAGAUACUUCACCUAACUACAAGCAAGAGAAGUGAGGCUGCUCAAGUUCUCCAUCGUUAUUUGGUGUGCGUGGCGGGGGCUUUUUGGAAAGAAAGAACUCCCUGUGGCAGACAGUGUCACAGUGGCCUGCUUGGAAGAGGGGCUGGAAUUCCACAGCCCUGGUCAUUGCCUCAUCUCUGACGCUGCUGAACUGUGUUUUCACAGGUGCUGUUUUCUGUUUCAUAUUUUCAUACACAGAGCAAGUGUAGCUACUGACAAGUAGAAAAUGCUAUUUUUGGGGGGGCAGUUUCUUGGUUUUGGGUUUUUUUUAUUGGAAUUUGUUUUUGGCUUUUCUCCCAGUCCCAACCCCCCUUCUGGCUGCUAAUGUCCCUGGGUAAAUACAACUAGAGAUUGCUGUGUGUAUUUUAUAGGGUUCUCUGUUUUGAAGAGGGAGAAUUAUG